UGCAUAUAUCAGGCAUCACGUGUCUGAUAUCCCCCUGACUUCUCGGACACGCAGCAGGAAUGUGCGUGUUCAGACACCCACGACUGGGUUGGGCCAUGCGGCCCAUUACCUCCUUACCUAUUGAUUUGACCACACUUAUGUGUUAGGUUUAGGAAUUAAUUAUGAAUGUCACAGAAUUGAUACGACAGCUAAGGUCACGGGAUGACCUUCUUACCAACUUCCAGGUGCCUUUUCCUAUAAAUAUGGAGACCAUGAGAGUUGAUAGGGGUUAGAAAAAUAAUCUCUUGUAAGAAAUACUCUGUAAUCAAAUACUUAGUAUAGAUCAAUAAUAUUGACUGGUGGAGUAGAAGGAUUUUAACCUUCGAACCACUUAAAAAACGUGUCUUGAGUCACCUCUUUCAUCCUCUAAGAUCAUAUAUCUAUUUCGGUUCACCUUUAGCAUUAAUCCCUUUCUCUUUUUCUCUUAAUUACCUGUUGGCGAAGAACUGCGUCAACAGUUUGGUGCUUUCAUUGAGAGCAAGUUCGAUUAGUGCUGUUGCAAAUAUCCAACUAUGGUGACUACUCGGUCCAGGCAUGGUAACGAGAUAGAACAACAUGAUGGGCAGGAGGCUCAUCAUACUACCAUCCCUGAUGAACAAGUUUCUGAAGUCCAGCAGUGGCCAGGAAAACAGCCAGUGGGCCAAGAUGAUACCGGUAGUUCGGCGUCUCGGCCACCUAAUCCGAACCCAUGUUAUUAUACUGCGGUGGAGAUGGAGAACGCUCAACUGAGGAGCCAGUUAGCAACAGCUAGCCAGCAAAUUCAGGAUAUCCUGGCCCGAUUACCCCCUCUCACAACCGGCGCUAACGUCGGAGAUAGGCAAGGCGAGGCUCCUAAGUCUCGCCGGGGUAACUGGUCCAGGCAUAGCCGUUUGGAUAGACUUCUGGCAGCCAACUCCACCCCUUCAUCACACCAUCGAGAGGCAAAUUUCGAGGAAAUGCCUAGGACCGGACAACAGCAAUACAGCCGUUCAGUUAGGACGUCGACUCCUAGCUCCCAACCAUCCUCGAGAACGCCCAGGGGAGUUCGAGAAAAUUCCCGAAGGAGAUCCGGGGAAGGCUCGCAACGUCAGCCCGUCCCCGACGACCGUCCUGUGCCUCGUCCAGAUCGCCCGGCGCGGGACCAGCAGGUUGGCAGGGCCGAAAGGCCCCCACCAAACUUAAUCCGUCCAGAUGGAACUAGGAUCGCCUCCCCAGUAAGGCAUCCUCCAUCUCCGAUCAGAUAUCCAUCUCCUCCUCGGCCCGUCAAGGACAUCCUAGCCGAUGGGAGUAGUAGGAGAAAUCCGCCAUCAGCUGGACCUUCCCGGCGCAGCAGGGCACCAGGGGAAAGCUCAGGUCGUCACCACCAAAGGCGGACUCCAAGCCUAUCCAGCAGGAGCCACUGGUCCGGCAGUCGCCAGAGUGAUCUCUCUGGGGGAGACUUGCAUCAGCGGUUAAGUUCGGCACAAAGUCACCAGACCACCCAGGGAGGUGACCUGCGAGAUCGCCUCAACUCUCAUAGAGGAGACAGAGUAAGAGGAGAUGGCCAGGCUUGUUCAGGGGGGUUCUGUCUGGAGUACAUAACGAAGGGAAUGUCCCAAAUAACCUAUCUCAAGAUAGGAGGGGCAAUAACCUACUAAAUGCGUACAAUGGAUCCGGAGCUGUUUAACAGCCCGGAAUAACCAAGGACAUCAGGACCAAACCCUCGAGCGCCUGACUCAGAUGGAGGAGCUGAUGAGGAAGCUCCUAUCAGAAAAAGAAAAAGACGAAUAUGAUUCGGGAGACGAGAUGAAACUCUUCGCCCCCAAUAUAGCAGCGACGGCAUACCCAUCUGGUUUCCGUAUGCCUCACUUGUCAAAGUUCAACGGGGACGGAGACCCGUCGGACCAUUUAGGGAUGUUUAACACCCUAAUGAUGGCCCAUAACAUUGGCCCGGAGCUGAGAUGCUGGAUCUUCCCCUCCACAUUGACUGGACCUGCCAGGCAGUGGUUCAAGCAAAGUAAAAGACAGUCAAUCAGUUCCUGGAAGACCUUCUCAGCCGACUUCAAAAGGGCAUUCCAAGCCUCCCAGUGUAACGCCCUACUCCCUUAGAGCCGUUAUUAAGUGAGUUUUUAAGACAACACAGUGUGCACUGAACUCGCUAACCGAGGUUUUGAAACAAAAGUGUGACUAGUUAAAAGUUAAGGUUGUAAUCUUUGAAAAUGCGUCGUUUCAUUAAAACUUCUAUUAAUAAACAUUUGGGAUCCCAAAAUAAGGUUUGAAAACUAAUUACAUCUUGAAAUAAGGUUACAGUUGAGAAAUCAUAAAAUCAUAAGUUAUUACAGUCAUUUUUGAAUAAACCCCCAACCAAAGCAGUCGGGCAGGCCAAACAUGUACGCGUCGCUUCACGCUCUCCGUACUCAUGGUUGGUUGACUCAGCCAUUGCUCUUACCUGCAACACAGAGCACCCGUGAGCCGAAGCCCAGCAAGAAAACUCAUGCAGAACAUAACAUAUGCAGUUUAUACAGUUUAUCAUAACAGAUAAUCCACAGAUAAACAAGUCAACCAUUAGACUAAGUAAACACGGCCAAGCCGCCCCAGAGCCUUACCGAAGCCUGGGGUAUCGGUUCACACCGCGAGGAUAACUCAUGUAUCCCUUGGGUCCCACCCUGAAUAUAGCAUAACACAUGUAUCCACCGGGCCCCGCCCUGACUAUAGCAUCCCAUGUGCUAGGUGUUACUUUCGGCCCCACGGCCGCCCCGGCCUAUGCCGUACUCGGCCCCACGGCCGCCUCGGCCUACGCCGUACUCGGCCCUUGCCGUUCAGUUCAUCAUAAUCACACAUAUAGUACAUUCAAAAUUAACAUUCGCACACAUCACGGUUCAUUUAAGGUUAAGCAUUUGCACGUAAUACAAUCCGGGGCCAUGCCCUACAAUCACACAGUGGGGCCAUGCCCUAAACUCGGGUGUUACGGUUUUCUUACCUGCAUUCCGAGCCUCCUGAUGCACUAAAGCCGCGAGCACGGUCCUCUAGCACGAGCCUCACCAACAAGCUAGUCACAACACACAAGAAACAUCCCUCAUUACUAAUCAACCCAAAACCACUUCCCGAGACCAAUCCCGCACUCUCGGGACCUCUAAAACCUUAAAACAACACCCCGGAGACAUCCCCCGAACCCCCGGAGCAAAGGCCUAAAAUUGCCAAAAAAUGUCAACUUGAAAUUUGCCUUGUGCCGCGGCACAACUUUCUUGUGCCGCGGCACCCAUCAGUCAGAGGCUCCCUUGUCGCGGCACGAAAAACCUGUGUCGCGGCACGCCUUCGCAGACCCAGAAUUCUGGGUUUUCUCCUGCGUUUUCUCCGAGCUAAAACCUUCCCAAAUCAACCCAAACUCACACCCAAGCCCCAAAACCAACUCAAGAUUCCAAAUAAACCAUCCAACAACCCAUAAACAUCACCAAAGACAUCUAAACACCCAAUCAAAUCCCCAAAAUCCACAUCCUUGAUUUCGAUUUCAGAAAAAUAAAAAACUCAAACAUCAAACUUAACCCAUGCUCAAAUUCUUAACCCAUAACAUAAUCAAGCCUUAAAUGUGUAUAAAAUUCCUUACCUCAUAUGGAGAAUCCAUCCCUAAGCUUCCUUCAUCUCCUAGGUCUCCAACUUCUCCUUCUCUUCUUCUUCUUCUUCUUCUUCCUCAUGCCCUAGCUUUUUCCUCUCUUUUCUCUUCUCUUCAAACUCUAUCAAGACCAAAAUGGUUAAGCCCCAAACCGUGUACCCCAUAAAACCAGCUGCCAUUUAUCUAAUUCCCAACCAAAUGACCAUUUUGCCCCUCCUUGCCUAUCCUUUCCCACCUAAACCUCAAGGGUACUUAAGUCUUUUCACUUCUAUUUCAUUUCUACCAUUUUCUUUCUAAAACUUGUUACUCUCAGCAGUAACUAAUGGUUAUCCAGGUUACUAAAUCUCCAAUAACCAUUACCCGCUAAAUCUCAACUUAACCAUAAAAUUCCCGAGGUACCCCCAGGCUCCUCCCGAGCCGGGUAUAGAAAUCCCGUUGUGACUCUUGAGUUAACUAGCUCUCUAGGACCGUCUCGGCACGUGCAUCACAAUAAUACAACCACACCCACGUGGUACAGUUCACAGAAUACAAUUAUCACAUAUCAAUACAGUUAUGCCCAACAUGGCCAAAAUUACAAUUAUGUCCUUCUAACACGAUUCGGGCCUACAUGCAUACUAGUAAACAUAGCCAUGCAUCUCAGUUAAACAAAUAGCCAAAUAACAUGCUUUAAAUCAUAAUCAUGCAUUUGAUUCAUAAAAUCAUACAUAAAUCCCCAACUUGCCCUCCUGGCACACUAAUCAAGGUCCUUAAGCCUUAUUAGCGAAUUUGGGUCGUUACACCCAGGCUGCCCGUGUUCAGGCUGACUCCCUAGCUAACGUGAGACAGUAGCCUGGUGAGACUCUGAAGGCCUACCUGAGCAGAUUCGCGAACGUUGCUGCUCGGGCUAGAGACGCGGAUGAUAACUCUAAGCUCAUGGCCAUGAGAACCGGAAUCCUUGUCGGAGGAGACCUAUAGAAGGAUAUACAGAGGAAGGGGGUCAGCUCGGUCAACGAAUUCCUUAACAGGGCCCAGGAAUGGAUAAACUUGGAAGAAGUCGAAGCCUCAGUUGCGGGAACCAGCCAGGUUCCCGAUCAGCCCGCGGGAGUAGGGACGGAGGUCGUGGCAACGACCCCAAAUGUCGCACAGAGCAACCAGCCCGGCGGAGGCAAAAGAAAGGGCAAUGGCGAAAAUAGUCAGCACGGCCAAAAGAAUAAUAAGUCCGUAGAUAAGUUUAAGCCCGUUUUCACGACGUAUACCAAGCUCGUUGUAACGACCCAGAUUAGCUAAUAAGGCUUAAGGGCCUUGAUUAGCGUGCCAGGGGGGGCAUGAUGGGAUUUGUGUGAUUUUUAUGAAUUAAACGCAUGGUUAUGAUUUAAAGCAUGUUAUAUGACUAUCUGUUUAUCUGAGAUGCAUGACUGUGUGUAUUAGUAUGCAUGUAGGCCCGGAUCGUGUUAGAAGUGCAUAAUUGUAAUUUUGGCCAUGUUGGGCAUAACUGCAUUGUUAUGUGAUGAUUGUUGAGACCACAGUGGUAUGUGGGUGUAUCUGUGAUUUGUGACUCGAGGCGAUCCCAGUGAAUAGGCUAGCGGUAAGUCAUGGCGGGAAUUUAUACCCGGCUCGGGGCGAGCCUGGGGGUAUAAGCAGGAAUUCAGAGAAUAGAUUGAGAUUUAUUUUGAUGAUGAGGGAUAUUUAUUUGGUGGUUUAUCAGGUGUUGGAAAGCAACGGGAAAUAUUAGAGACACUUGAGGAUUAGCGAGAAUUGGGUAAAAUGACUAAAAUGGCCCUAUUUGGACAGAAGGGCUUAGAGUUAAUAAGGAGGGCAUUUUGGUCAUUUGACUUUUAAAGAUAGAUUUUAUAAGGCUUUAUAUAGUGAGUGAGAUUGUUAGAGAGUGAGAAUGCUGAAGGAAAGAAAGAAAAGAAAAGAAAGAAAAAGGAAAGAAAGAAAAGAGAGAAAACAUGGGGGGUUUUCUCAAGGAACGGUUUGUGCAUUCUUGCACCAUUCCUCUCCGUUUUUCUUGGGGCAAAGCUUAGUGGAGAGUAAUGGUAGGCUGAGCAUCAAGGAUCUUGGGUUAGACUUGAAGAUUUGGCAAGAACACAUCAACUUUUGAGGGAAUUUCUGGGCAAGCUUUGAUGAUGAACAAGCUAAGGAGGUCUAGGGUUGAAUCAAUGUCGAAAUUUGCAUCAAUGGUAAGAAUUCUAAGCUUUUAACUUUGUUGUUGAUUGAAUUUCUGGGUUUAGGGUUGUUCAUGGUGAAUUUUGAGAUUUGGGUUGAAUGUGCUUGAGUUUUGAGUUCUUGGGAAGCUUGGGAUGAGUGAGAGGUGUUUAUAAGCUUGAUUUUGGGUUUGGAAAAGGUUUGGACAAGUUUGGGGUUGAAUUGGUUGAAGGAAAUCGCAAGAUGCGAUUUUCGGGUUCUGCUGGGCUGCAACUAGCGCUACAGCGCUAGUCAGUGGGCGCUGUAGCGCUAGCCCCUGUUCUGGGGGGAGUGUUCUGCUUGUAGCGCUACAGCGCCCUCUUUAGAGCGCUGUAGCGCUGCACUGUUCACAGAGGUGAAUUUUUGGGUUUUUGAUGAGAGAUUUUGACCUAGGGUUCGGGGUUCGAUUCUGCCACUUUGUUUUGGGGAUUUAGGACUUCCCGGGGGCUCGGGAUUGGUCCCGAGACUAGGUAUUCGGACUUGGGGUUUGGUGUUGACUUUGACCUAUGUUUGUGCCUAGGUGUGCGCUAAGGCUCGAGUGGGAUCGUGCUCAAGGAGUCAGGUGAUCUAAGCUAUUGAUUGGAAAGGUAAGAAAACUAUAAUACCCGUAGGAUAGGGCAUGGGCCCAUAGUGUGAUUGCGGGGCACGACCCUAUAUUGCAUGUUGCAUGAUGAGAUGAUUUCCGGGCAUGGCCCUAUAUUGCAUGACAGGUUAGGAUGCAGACUUAAAUGAAUUAUUAUUCGUUCGAAUGUUGUUGUGUUAUACUAUAUGUGUGAUUAUAAUGAAAUGUACGGCAAGGGCCGAGAGCGGCGUAGGCCGGGUGCGGCAGCGGGGCCGGAAGUAACACUUAGCACAUGGGAUGCUAUAGUCAGGGCAGGGCCCGGUGGAUACAUGUGUUAUCCUUACGGUGUGAAUCGAUACCCCAGGCUUCGAUAAGGCUUCUGGGGCGG